AUGUUGGGCAAGCUCUUCAAUCUAACAGCAGGAGCUCCAAAUUCCAUGCAGGGCGCCCCAGGACAGACACCAUCGAGUCCUUCUCCCGAGUCGGUCCAGGAAGACGUGCAUACGCGCAGCCUCUUGUUUCCAGAGGCGGAAACUCUCUUCGGCCGAACAGAUCAGUUGUUUCCUCUCCCGUCCGCGUCGGCUGUUCCUCUGGCCGCACUCGCGAAUGCUUUCGACUACGAUGGCGACCUCGACUUGGAUGCCAGGGACGUGAGGGUCAUUAUUAUGCAAGAUAGCCUCGGUUCUGUCCACCCAUCAUUACUUUUCGACAGUCACCCUUGCCAACACGCGGAGGCGACAGAGCGGUCGUCGCAAGCGGCCCCGGUUACUACGCCGUCUCACAGAAAUCCAAGCCUGGACUUGAGGCGCGGUCCAGUGCCGCAACAACAACGCAAAGGCAGCCUGGGGCAGUCGUCACGACCUCUCGUCAUACAGCCCGGAAGCCCUCAGCCACGGCAAGGGGCGUUCGAUCGUCGGGGCUCGAUUCAGUCUCGAUCCCAGAGCUACGUCGAAACCGCAGCACAAAGGUCAGCUCGCGAAUAUCGUGAGGAGCUGGCCAGCUUCUCAAGCUGCAUAUUCGCGAACAGCGAGGUUUUGUCCUACAAAGGAACUUCAACCAAGGUUCAUAUCGUACCUUCUGAGCAGCGUGCAGCCGAUGUGGCCAGCACGUACUUUGGCGACGGGCGAGGAUCGCUUGGCCGGUCCAGCAUGAGGUCGAGCAGGUUGGCACAGAGCUUCACUUCGGACACCAAGAUACCGUUUAGCCCGGGCUCAGGCUCCGCAAAAGUGAGUGAUCGGAGAAAAAUCCUGAUCACGCGCCUCUUCCCGGUCAAUCUCCCUCUUGAUGAUGCGGAUUCGCCUACUGGUCAGAUGGGUCGUGUCUCGGAAGAUAUGGGAGGAUUCCCUUUCCCAUAUUCACCGGAUGAGAACAAGGCGAAGAGGAAGAAACUCCAACCCAAACAGAAGAGAACGCCGAUGUACGCAGUCGCUCUAGUGCUGCAAAUACCCAGCAACCCGAUCAGCAUGCGCGACUCGGCCCCGCGGUCAAGUUUCCGCGGUCCAGGCUCAUACGGCGACCACGCCGAGCAACUCUCGGCAUCCUACGGUUCGGCACGCCGUUCUGGAUGGACUAUGGUUGGCAUAGGGUCUGGAAAUGAGUCGACAGACUAUAUUCACAACCUCGAGAUGGACGAUCGAAUGGACUCCAUCACACAGCAUUGGGAUGUCAUUAUGCGAGCGUUGACCCACUUGCAAAGCACGGUCGCGACUGCGUUGUUUCCUAUGCUCAAGCAGGCGGAUCUUGCAACCGCCGAUCCUCUGCCACCGAACAUUGCCGCCGCGCACCUGGCGAGAAGCGGCUCACUGUCGGGCAGGCGAGGCUCAGACGCGUCCCAGAUGAAGCCGCCCAAGACCAACGCAAAGCUGAUCACGCUGCAGCCAAACUGUUUGAUGCAGGAUCACCACGUGGGCGUCGAAGUUGACGAUGCUCGUGUUCGCAUCGUGUCCGGACUGCGUGCUACGAGAGUCGUCACGGGCCAGAAUCGAUGGGGACCCUGGCGAGAUGAGGCUCGAUGGGUCUCGAAAUGGGCCGGUGGUAAAGAGCACGGGUUCUUUUUCUUCAAACUGUUGACAGGCUUCCUCGCUACUCACACCGACUGGCUGCAGGCUCUAGGCCCAGCCUGGUAUCGUCGACGACACUACCAACAGCAGAAGAACCGCACAGAGGAGGACACAUCGCUCUCGUCUCGGACCAUCAUUGUGGCUGACGACAAGAUGGCCGCCCGGCGUCUUAUUUUUCUCCUGUCGGCUUUCCUGCCAGCAAACCAACAGCUGCCGACCGUGCGAGCUCACCGGCCAGGUACUUCUGCGUCCUUCGCGAACUAUGGCCAAUCCCCUCCCGCUUCUUAUAUCAUCCCAAUUCUCAAAGAGGAAUCACUGCGGCGGAAGAUCAACCGGAGGCCCGGCAUAAAAGGAGCAUCUCACCAUCGGAGCUUCAGCAUACAGUCGCAAACAACGAACCGAUCGGUGACAGGUAUACCGGCACAGCUUGCUCACUUGAGCAUGGACGGACGACACGGCCGUCGACCUUCUGAUGCCGCAUCGAUACGCGCUGGUAAGCUCACUGGUAUUACUGCUGAGCAGUCCACCAGGAAGAGUAGCGCAGCAACGACAAACACUGUCAUGCCAGAGGAUGCGGUUCCUCAUUUCACCACGCUACAGAAAACCGAAUCUCAUCAUAGCGAGCGGCCCGGGAGCAACAGUAGUGUUGCCGCCAAUGAUCUCAAGCGCACUUUGACACGAGGUGACAGCAGCCGUGCCAGUCACGGCAGCAAUGGCUCAAGAAGUCAAAGCUCGCGGUGGGGAAGUGUGAUUAGUGGGCUAUGGAGCACCCGGCGGCGAGACUCGACUGCAUCAACCUCUCAGACUUUCGACGUCAAUAGUAUAGGAGAGGCUCUGGAGGCAACUGCCCACGGAAGCCCCAGCAAAGGGAACAAACUUGCCGAGAUGGUGAAGGAAGUGCAGGGCCUCGACACUAGUGCUCCUCUACGCCACACGAGCAGCAGAAUCCCCGAUGAUGAGCUCCUGCAAACGCCAACUUCUCCGCGGAAAUCAGACAUUGGGCCAUUCAACGAACCGCUGGAGCCGAGACCAAGAAUACCUGAUCCAUCAGGGGCGUUUGAGUCUCCAGUCAAGACCUCAAUCAACCACGAUGAUGGUGUCAUCGAUGUCGACAUCCAGUUCCCUGACUACCUAACCUCCUUUGAGACUGCCGUCAGCUCGCCGUCCAGCAGUGGCUACUUGUCUACCCCAGGUCUUGGCAGUGGGCUCGAUAGUUUCGAACACUUCUCUAGGGUGGCUAUUGAUGGAGACGUUCCCCAAAACUGUGCUGGGUGGCUGCGCGAGUUUCACCCGGACUUUAUGCUCCAGGCCAUUCCACCCCAGGCAGAUCUCAUCGAAAAAGUAAAGGAAUCGCUACGGUCCGAGCCGACGCCUAUAAUCUAUGCAAAUACACUGUCCGUCGAGUGGCCAGCCGAGCAAUGGGUUGACGUCAGCAGUGCUCUUGUGGCCGACACCACAAACUUCACAAUCAAACGCAUUCGCUUCCGCCGCUUGGUGAAGCCCAAGGUCAUCAUGGACCGUGGCAGUGGCAGUGCUGGCUUCCUUACUGCGGCUGCGUCGGUCAUGACACCUGCGCUCUCCCCAUACGAGAAGCCGAUCAAGGAGCACUUCGAGGUGGAGGAGCUCUUUACCUGGGACGAAGAUCUGAUUGACGCUGUGGAAAAGGUCAUUGCCCACGGCCUUGACUCGAGCAAGCAAGGCUCCACGACGUCCUCGCGUUCUGCGAGCAAGAGGCGGGAUCGGCGGGACAGCGAGAUAUCAGUCCUUGACCAGAACGAAAACAAUGCCAGUAGCCAGCUUGGCUACAGCGAAGUGCCGCGGGCAGAGUGCAAGACGGUCGUGCUGUCGGCGCUCAGCGGCCUGGUGCAGAGCAUUGUAGACCGUCGCGAGCGAGACGCCCAUAACACAGAGGACACGUCUGAGUUGUACAGGAGCGUAAGGGAGCGAGAAAGUGUGCUCCGGCUUGCGGUCAAGUCUUGGCUUGAGACCGUGGAGUCAGGAGACGGUGCGCCGUGA